AUGCCGAACGAUCCGCCGUCGAAACCUCCCCCUCCACGAUUUCGCGCCUGCAACCCCACUGGCGCCAACACCGCGCUCCCCCGGGAUCACUCUCUUAUUCCCCACCGUCCCCCUACGCGCUUCCUCACAGCCUCAACUCCCCAGUCCCCUCGCAAUCACUCCCCUUCCCCCGUCGCUGUCUCUCCCCUACCCCCUCGCGAGCGUCCCCGUUUUCCCCCAUGCGCGCCGGCCCCCGCCCCCUCGCGAUCACUCCCCUUCCCCGUCUCCAUCCCUCCCUUUCCCCACGCUAACACUCCCCUACCGUGUCGCGUUCACUUUCCCCCUCCUCCCAACCACUCCCCUUCCACGUCGCGCUCACCCCUUUCAAAGGGCUAUCAAUGCCCUGCCCCAUCGAUAACUCCCCCUUUCCCCACUGCAAGCACUCCCCUCCCCUGUCCCUAUCACUCCCCUGCCCCUCACGCGACCAUUCCCCAUUCCCCGUCACGAUCACCCCCUCUCGCUGACACGUUCUCGCCCCUUCCCCCUCGCUCGCGUGCACGUUCCCCCCACCUGUGCGCCCUCCCCUUCCCACGUCACCAGCACGCCCCUUCCUCGUCAUACUCUCUCCUUUUCCCCCUCCACGCGAUUGCCGCCCUCCCCUUCCCCUCCGCAAACACUAUCCCGCUCCUUCGCUAUCGCUUCCUUCCCCCCUCGAUAGCUCCCCCUGCCCCCGCCGCUAGCUCUCUCCUCCCCCACUGCUAUCACUCCCCUUCCACGUCGCCCUCUCUCCCCUCCCCCCUCCACACUCGUCCCCCCCCCCCCCCCCCCAACCUCACGCCUUCCCCUUCCCCUUUGCAAGGCACGAUGAUUGCUCCUGAGCUAUCUCUCCCUUUCCCCACUGCUAGCCAUCUCCUUCCCCACUGCUAUCACUCCCCGUCCGUCCCCAACACUACCCUUCCCCCUCGCGGCCAUUCCCCUUCCCCCAUCAAUAUCACUGCCCUUCACCGUCGCAUUCUCACCCGCUCCCCCUCCACACUCGUGCCACCCCUCCCCCCCCCCCCAAUCGCCCGCCCUCCCCUUCCCCUUCGCCAUCUCCUCCUUUCCCCCUCGCUAGCUCUCCCUAAGGCCCACCGCUAG